AUGGACACCAAAGGUCACAUGGACCCGAGCCUGGCUCGGCAAAAGGAGCUGAUGGGCCAGAACAAGCCCAAGGGAUCGGCCGUGCACAACGAGAAGGCGGUUGGGUCGAUCCACUCGGACGACAACAUCAACGCCAAGUUGGAAGUAAGCCCUUUUUCCUCCACGCGAACGACUGUCUAACUUUGUCGUUCUCCGAUCCUCAAGGUCGCGUCUUUCAUAAGCUGAUUUUCCCAACUCGGCACGGAACUCGCCCUUCCGCAGAACCCGCUGGCCGGCAUUUCGUUGGACCGCUUGCAAGCUAUGGGCCGAGCUUUCGCGCACGAGAAGGGGCUCGGUGAAUACGAAGAAGAGUUUGCCAAAGGUGAGUGCCGAUGUGACAGGUUGCUCAACCUCCACCAAAGCCGUCCGCCCCUCCCGACGGCACGAUCUGCCGUUCCCGGAAGCCCCUCUUUCCUCCAGCGGUCUGACCCCGGCGAGCCCUUCGUCUCCCUGCUAGGUGCCAUGGUCGCGCAAGACCCCUUGGCUUUCGAGUCCUUGCCCAUGCUCGACGACGCGGACAAGAACAUCCUGCGCCGUGAAGUCACCCACAAAGUGAGUGUAACGGAGAUCACGUGGUGUGAUCGCAUCGUCCUGACACUGACAUCUGCCGUUCUUCAUAGUGGGACCACCCGAAGCAACUGUACAUGUUGGUGAUCUGCUGCUCGGUAGCAGCCGCCGUCCAAGGUAAGUUGAAAUAUCUGUCUUGGUGUCUGACACCUACUUCUGACUCUGUCGACUCGUUAUUUCGGCUUAAGGCAUGGACGAAUCGGUCACGAACGGUGCCAACUUGUUCUGGGCACCUCAAUUCGGCCUCGAGACUGCUGCUUUGCUUCCGAACGGUCAAGUGAACGCAAAUGCUGGCAAGGUGAGCCAGGAGUCGGAGCUGAACACGUCGAACCCGACAUCGAUUUGACUAUUGGAACACUUCCCCGCAGAACCAAUGGCUACUAGGAUUGACCGCCGGUGCCCCUUACCUCGCCUGCGCCGUGCUCGGAUGCUGGCUCACAUCGCCUCUGAACCGCUUUUUUGGUCGACGAGGAGCUAUCUUCAUCACCGCGACCGUUUCGGGUCUCGCCUGCAUCUGGUCCGGCGUGACCAACUCGUGGCCGCACUUGUUCGCUUCACGCUUCGUGCUUGGUCUCGGUAUCGGCGCAAAGAGUGCCACGGUCCCCGUCUACGCUGCUGAAACUGCCCCUCCCUUGAUCCGCGGUGCCCUCGUUAUGGUGAGUACAUCCAAGUCGUCUCACAUUCUAGCGAUCGAGUUGGCGUUACUUAUCCUUCGUCUCGGUUCUGCCCAAUAGCAAUGGCAAGUCUGGACCGCCUUCGGCAUCAUGCUCGGCACAGUCUCGUCCCUCAUCUUCUUCCGCGUCAAGGACCCCGCCCACAUCACCGGCCGUAAGUUGGCCCAGAGAGCUGGGCGACUAGAGCAUAUAACGGCCUCUGCUGAACUUGAAUCGUCUUCCACUUUGGUUUCGACGCAGUCAAUUGGCGCCUCAUGCUCGGUUCCGCAGCCUUGCCCGCAUUCUUCGUCAUGGCACAGUGAGUACCAGACGUCUAUUCGGCAACCACAGUGCACACUUCUCACACCCACACUGUACUAUUCCAUAGGGUCUACACUCUGCCCGAGUCGCCGAGGUGGCUUUUGAGCAAGGGUCGUUACGCCGACGCCUUCAAGUCGCUCUGCCGUCUUCGUCACACUCGUCUCCAGGCUGCACGUGACCUGUUCUUCAUCCACGCCUUGCUGGAGGAGGAGUCGACGAUCUCGACCGACCGACCUGCCUUCAUCGAGAUGUUUGCUGGUGGGUGCCUCGACGCUUAUUCGCGCCCAUCCCUGGUCUGCACUGUUAGCUGACCGAGCCCCCUUUGCUUCCCGUGCUCAGUCCCUCGCAACCGUCGCGCUGCUCUCGCUUCGGGCAUCGUCAUGUUCAUGCAGCAAUUCUGCGGCAUCAACGUUAUCGCUUACUACUCGUCGACCGUCUUCCGUGAAGCGGGUUUCUCGGAACUGAAUGCCUUGGGAGCCACGCUAGGCUUUGGAGCGCUCAACUGGAUCAUGGCCGCGCCCGCCGUCUGGACCAUUGACACCUAUGGCCGUCGGACCUUGUUGCUUACGACGUUCCCGCUCAUGGCUCUGUUCUUGUUGAUGACCGGAAUGGCAUUCUUCAUUCCCGAGGAGUCCAAGGCGCGCGUAGCCGUCGUCGCUCUCGGCAUCUACCUUCACUGCAUCGCCUACUCCCCCGGCGAAGGCCCUGUGCCUUUCACUUACUCGGCCGAAGCGUUCCCUCUUUACAUUCGUGAGACGGGCAUGUCGUUCGCCACGGCCGUCACAUGGGGCUGGAACUUGUGAGUCGACCUCGAGUCUUCGAAUGGCUGUCCAAGCGAGGUGGCUGAUACCAUUUUUCUUCUUCAGCAUCGUCGCACUUACUUUCCCUCGAUUGCUCGGUGCCUUCAAGCCCCAAGGAGCGUUCGGUUGGUACGCGGCAUGGAACAUCAUCGGAUGGUUCUUGAUCCUCUUAUUUGUAAGCUUUCCGAUAUAACACAGAGCCGAGUAGACCAGUCGCUGACUGUUGGGUUCUGAUUCUUCACCAGGUCCCCGAGACCAAGGCGUUAUCGUUGGAAGAACUGGACCAAGUCUUCUCCGUGCCGACCAAGAAGCAUGCCGCUUUCCAGCUCCGCGCCACAUCUUACUUUAUUCGCAAGCACGUUCUUCGUCAGCAGGUGAGUCGGUGCUGUCUCCACACGUCAAACCGGGAUAUAGAUGACUGACAAUGAUUGUUCCUUGCUACCUACCAACAGGUCGGCUCCCAAGAGCGCCUCUACCACUGGGACAACAAGUCCGACGAUGUCGCCCCGCGCCGCAACCUCGGCGGUGCUGAAGCGAACGCGCCCAACGUUCUCAUGACUGGAUUGUGA